GUCAGACAAAAAAGAAAAGAACAGCCGGGUGGCCGCCAAAUUUCUGUUUGUAAACUUUGUUUCAAGUUACAACAAGUUUAUUAAUGUUUUUUGACCCUAUCUGAUAAGACUUCUUACUUUGACUUCCUACUACUUCUGUGAUAGUGUGAUAGCAGUAAUCUUCGAAUCUUGAAUCGAAGUUAAAAUAAACAUAAAAUGCCAAGAGUAAAAAUAGAUUACAUCGUCAGUUUCAGUAGUGAAGAUCCUGAGCACCCGGCUAGCAACCUGCUGAACUUGGAAGUGAGUAAGAAGAAGUGGCUGUGUGCCAAGGGCGAGACAACAUGUUCCGUUGUGCUGCAGCUACCAAGAGCUGUGAAGAUAUCCAGUUUAAACAUAGGAGCCUACCAUGCAGCUUUAGUGGAAGUAUUAGUAGGAAGAUCCGAAUCAACAAAUGAACAAUAUCAGUGGCAGGUGCUGGUGCCGAGCUGCGUGUUCGCGACGCGCGAGGAGUCGCGGCGCGGCGCCGAGGUGGCGCGCGUGCGCUCGUUCUCGGGCGCGCAGCUGGCGCCGGACGCGCGCGCCGGCCGCUGGGACCGCCUGCGGCUCGUCUGCUCGCAGCCGCACGACCGGCGCCAGUUUGGCCUGUCUUUCGUGCAUAUAGACGAGGCUGAGAGCAGCACCCCUGCCGGCGUGCCUCAACGACUACUGGCACUAGACACCUUUUCUUCAGAUGAGGAUGAUUUCAAGCCAGGCGAGCUGUUUGCUAAACACCUUCAGAAGACAAACGCUGAGGACAUCACACCUCCCAGUAAUACUGGUGCUCAAAUAAGGCAAGCAACAUCACAAGCUCUCAAAAAUAUAUCUGACUCUUCAACAAAACUUAUAAAGAAUCCAAUUGUUAAACCGAGUGGUAGCUGCAAUGACAACAAAGCUACUGCAUCGCGGCGACCGGACGUGCAGGUCCGCCAGCCUGGGCCCCGACCGGACGUGCAGGUCCGCCAGCCUGGGCCCCGACCGGACGUGCAGGUCCGCCAGCCUGGGCCCCCCCGACCGGACGAAGGGGCCCCUCCCCGCCAAACUGCACAGACAAUUGCACCCGCAGAGACAAGUAGCUCAGCGAAACGAAACCUAGACAGCGCGAAGUCAUCAACAGACCAGAACAGACAGUUAGAAACAAAGAAACGAGUGCGCUCCGAGAAUCGGGAGCGACCAUCUGUACCGACAGAGUGCUUGCUGCGCGGCGCCACGCUGGUGCUG